UGUGCAGGGUCCUUACCGAGAGAAAUGUGGAGAACAAACUCCUGUGAGAUCGAUCUCUGCAGGGGAAAGAGACCUGCUGCCCGCCUGUGAUGGAGAAAGGCCCACUUUGGCAUUUUUGCAAGACGUCAUGGACAUUCUCCUUCGGUAUGUGGUGAAGAGUUUCGACAGAUCAACCAAAGUCAUUGAUUUUCAUUAUCCCAAUGAGCUUCUUCAAGAGUAUAAUUGGGAAUUGGCAGAUCAACCGCAAAAUCUGGAGGAAAUUUUGACUCAUUGCCAAACAACUCUAAAAUAUGCUAUUAAAACAGGGCAUCCUAGAUAUUUCAACCAGCUCUCCACUGGAUUGGAUAUGGUUGGGUUGGCAGCAGACUGGUUGACAUCUACAGCAAACACCAACAUGUUCACCUACGAGAUUGCACCAGUGUUUGUGCUUCUGGAAUAUGUCACACUGAAGAAGAUGAGAGAAAUCGUCGGCUGGCCAGGAGGCUCUGGCGACGGGAUCUUUUCUCCUGGGGGCGCCAUAUCCAACAUGUACGCCAUGCUGAUUGCGCGCUACAAGAUGUUCCCCGAGGUCAAGGAGAAGGGCAUGGCGGCUGUGCCCAGGCUCAUCGCCUUCACUUCGGAGCACAGUCAUUUUUCUCUCAAAAAGGGAGCUGCAGCCCUGGGGAUCGGAACGGACAGCGUGAUUCUGGUCAAGUGUGACGAGAGGGGGAAAAUGAUUCCAUCUGAUCUUGAAAGAAGAAUCGUUGAAGUCAAACAGAAAGGAUUUGUCCCUUUCCUUGUGAGUGCCACAGCUGGAACCACUGUGUACGGCGCAUUUGACCCUCUGUUAGCUGUGUCUGACAUUUGCAAAAAGUACAAGAUCUGGAUGCACGUGGAUGCAGCUUGGGGUGGGGGACUGCUGAUGUCCCAGAAGCACAAGUGGAAACUGAGUGGAGUGGAGAGGGCCAACUCUGUGACGUGGAAUCCACACAAGAUGAUGGGUGUCCCUUUGCAGUGCUCGGCUCUCCUGGUGAGAGAAGAGGGAUUGAUGCAAAGUUGCAACCAGAUGCACGCCUCCUACCUCUUCCAGCAAGACAAACACUACGACCUGUCCUACGACACCGGCGACAAGGCCUUGCAGUGUGGGCGCCACGUUGAUGUCUUUAAAUUGUGGCUCAUGUGGAGGGCAAAGGGCACUACUGGGUUCGAGGCACACAUUGAUAAGUGUCUGGAGCUGGCGGAGUAUUUAUACAAUAUCAUAAAAAACCGAGACGGCUAUGAGAUGGUGUUUGAUGGGAAGCCUCAGCACACAAACGUCUGCUUCUGGUAUGUACCUCCGAGCUUGCGUGCUCUGGAAGACAAUGAGGAGAGAAUGCGUCGCCUCUCGAAGGUCGCCCCGGUGAUUAAAGCCAGAAUGAUGGAGUACGGGACCACCAUGGUCAGCUACCAGCCCUUGGGGGAUAAGGUCAACUUCUUCCGCAUGGUCAUCUCAAACCCCGCGGCCACUCACCAAGACAUUGACUUCCUGAUUGAAGAAAUAGAGCGCCUGGGACAGGAUCUGUAACUACCUGGCUCUCCCCGCUGUUUCGAGUCCCUAGGUAGACAGUGAAGUUGCCCUGAACUGUGUCGCUGUAUUUGUAGCUUGUUCCAGAGUAACUCUAUUUCUGUAUUGUGGUGUCACAGUGGAAUACUGUUUAAAAUUUUAAAAAAAACAACAUUGCUCCCUUUAAAACUCCUUUCUUAAGUUUAGAAUACCUCUCUAUAAAUUUAGUGACAACAGGCUGUGUUCUAAUCAAUAAGGAAGAGCUUGAAGUUAUAAAUACUUCCCUUACUUUUAAUAUAGUGUGCAAAUCAAACUUUAUUUUCUUUUCAGAGUAAUAGGACUGAAUAGUGCCAAAGUGCUCCUGAACCAUAAAAGGUUCUUUGACGUGCCGUGAAAAGGGAAAAGUAAAUAUAAAAUGUAUGCUGACAAUAAAAACUCUAGCCUUUUGCAUAGUAUUAGAAAAAUUUCUAAUUUAUCUAUAGCAACAUUUCAAAUGUAUUUAAAUACAUAUAAUUUUACAAAAGGA